UGGACAAGCCAUGCCGCACCUACUCAUUGGAAAUCUAUUGAUUUAUUCCAACUGGAGACAAAAGCCAUAAACUACUGAGAGUGUUCGUGCCGAAAUGGAAAACCACCGAGAGCUAAAUUAUAUAAACAUCACUAGCAAGCAAGAGCAGUUUGGAUGAGUUAAAGACUGUCUUCGCUAGCCUCUCAAUUGUAGCAUUUUCUUUUCCAUAAAUUCUACAAAGAUGCAUUAUAAAAAUGAAACAUGAUUAAGAGUAUUGAAAGGCAAACUUAAGUGGAAUUGGUUGAAAGCACGAUGAUUAAGAGUAUUUAUGAAAGCACUCAUCUGUCAUUGUCUCUUAAGUUGCUUUCUCCAUUGAAUUUAUGAGUACCUCCAAACUUAGUGGAUACUCUGAAGAAUGCAGCAGCUGUGAAUCCGGAUGGACCGAGUAUCUUGUUUCCGACGACAAUGGUGAAGCAGAGUUUGUUCUUGUGGAUAGUGGCGAUGAAGAUAGAAAUGGUGGCAGUGACAAAGACACUGACGACGAUGACGACUCCAUGGCUUCUGAUGCCUCUACUGGAUUAGUUAACAGCAAGCAAAAGCUUGGUAAUGACGGUGAGGAGAGUCCUCAGUGUUCUUCUCAGUCUGAUAAAUUUUACCAGUUGGAAGUGAGUAAUAGAAGGAAAUGCGAGCCUCAAACCGAACUUAACUCCACCUCUUUAUAUGGCAAAUCCAAAGACAGGAAGAAAAGAUUGUAGUGGACCUGUAUCCCAGCAUUUAGAUCAUCAUCAUUUUUAUGUUGAUGAUGUCAAUAAAUCAUUUGCAGUUAAUUAACAUUUGAUUGGAGUGUAAUCAUAAGCUACA